AUGUCUGGUUCGGGUGCUUUAAUGACCGUCCAUGUCGGUCAAUGUGGUAACCAGUUAGCACAGGCUUUCUGGAAGUCAAUGGUUGAUGAACAUGGAAUCAAUGAGCGCGGUCAGACAACGCACGAAGAUGAUAUGAAUGACAAAAAGGAUUUGUUAUUUUACCAGGCUGACGAUGAUCAUUACGUUCCUCGAGCGGUUCUCGUUGAUUUAGAACCUCGAGUUAUCAAUGGAAUGAUGCAGUCACCGACAUUCUCGAAUCUCUUCAAUACCGAUAACAUUUUUAUGUCUGAUCAUGGUGGUGGUGCUGGAAACAACUGGGCCAGCGGAUACUUCCAAGGACAAGAGGUCCAAGAGAAAGUUAUGGAUAUAAUUAUUCGAGAAGCCGAGAACACCGACAAUCUGGAUGGUAUCCUUUUCACGCACAGUGUCUCAGGAGGAACAGGUUCCGGAACAGGAUCUUUGUUGCUCGAACGUCUCCGUGAAGCUUUUCCAAAGAAAGUGAUCCAAACGUACAGUGUUUUUGCAAACAGUGAUCCAACUCAGACCACUGACGUAGUUGUUCAUCCCUACAAUUGGGUGCUCUCUAUGCAGAGACUAAUUGAAAAUCCAGAUCACGUCGUUGUUUUGGAUAAUGCUGCGCUUCAUCGUCUCGCUGCUGGAAAAUUCAAAACUGAUACACCGACUUUCGAUCAUAUCAACUCCCUUGUCGCCAGAAUCAUGAGCACAUCUACAGCGAUGUAUCGCUUCAAUUCAUCAGUUUGUCCGUCUAUCCGAUAUCUGGAUCUUGCUCCAUUCCCUCCGAUGCACUUCAUUCAGUCCGCCAUCUCUCCUGUCGUCGACCCGAAUGAGAAUUUCACACGCAAAACAUCAGUUGCUGAUGUGACUCGUUUUCUUCUGAAGCCAACUUCAAUGAUGGUUUCAACAGCUUCUAGAGCCAGGCCAAACGACUGCAUGCUGUCUGCUUACAUGUUUCUUCAAGGACAAAUCGAGGCACAUACGAUCAUGUCUGCAGAGCAGAAUGUAGAUUUCGCCAUUCGACGACCUCCAUUCUACAUGUUGAAACCACUUCGAAUGAUGCACGCUCCACUAUCACCAUACGUCAAACCACAAUAUAAGGUGUCUGGAUUACUGCUAAAUAACAGUACAAGUGUCGCUCCGUUGUUUGAAUCUCUUCUUUCGAAAUACGAUAAACUCAGGUCGAAGAAGGCUUUCUUAGAUAAAUUCGAAAAAAUUGAUAACUUCUCUCUGGACAUGAUGGACGAUGCAAUGCAUAUUGUGCAGGAUUUACUUGACGAGUACAAAGCAGUGGUUCAAAAGGAUUACCUUACGAGAGGACUAUAG